AUGUUUCUAGAUGGUGUGGCUGACCCUUGUAGCGCCAUCAGCACAGGCUUGGGAAUGGAUCACAUGCUUAGCACGAAUACCGUGCGGGGCCUGGGGGAAGGUCUUGAUGCCUAUGGCCUAUGGCACUACGACAAAACCGCGGCCGGCGGGACGUCGUCGUUCUUCGGGAGCUGGGCUCCCGCGGACGCCAGUGAGGAGUACUGCAACAAGGAGUUCCGUAGCGUGAAGGAGAAGUCCAAGACCUUGGACUCCAAGAUCAAGACGCUCACCGGCAGCGUGGCUGAGAAGAAGGAUGCCAUCGGCAAGCUGGCUGAGGAUGUGGUCGCUCUGCAGUCUGGAGUGAAGGCUUUGGAUGAAUCGGUGGCCACAGCCACCAAGAACCGACAAGCAGAGCAUAGCGAGUUCCAGGAGAGCACCACGUCCAACUCGGCGGCCUUGGACCUGUUGAGCAUGGCCCGGGAUCGCCUCAACAAGGUCUACAACCCCAGCAUGGUGGCGCCGACCACCACCAAGAGCCCGUAUGACUUGUCCUUCCUCCAGAUCAAGGGAGAAAAGCCACCGACCUUCGAGGGAGGCUACCAGAAGAAGACCCAG